CCUUCGCAACCCAUCCACGCACCACCAUGGCCGAUCCCUUUGCCGACCGCGCCGCGCUCGACGCCAACCCCUUUGCCGACCCGUCGGUGCAGGGCGCACUGGCCGGCUCGCGCACCUUCGAGGCCGACGACGACACGCCGUACGGCCACUCGUACGCCAGCACGCCGCAGCCCAAGGGCGCCUACGAGACCGACGACCCGUACGGCACCAGCGGCGGCACCAGCGGCAGCGGCGCCAAUGCCCGCGCAGAGGAGCUGCGGCGGCGGGAGCAGGAGCUGGAGCGCAGAGAGGCGGAGCUGGCCAACCGGGCGGAGAACAUCCGGAAACACGGCCGCAACAACUGGCCCUUCUUCUUCCCUCUGAUCUUCCACGACAUCGACGCCGAGAUCCCGCCAGACUCGCAGCAGAUCAUGCACCACCUCUACUGGCUCUGGCUCGUGCUUGCCGGGACGCUCGUGGUCAAUGUGGUCGCAUGCGUCUUCCUGAUCACGCGUGGCUCGGACGGCAUCAAGGACAUCAUCACGAGCUGCGUGUACCUGCCGGUGAUCAGCGUGCUGAGCUUUCUGCUGUGGUACCGGCCGGUGUACAAUGGCUUUAUGAAGGAGCACUCGAUCUUCUACUACUUGUACUUUGUCUUCUGCGGUUUCCAUCUCGUCUUCUCUCUCUACCUGUUCCUCGGCAUCCCCUCGACCGGCUCGUGCGGACUGCUGAACACGAUCUACAGCUUCACGGACGAGAGCAAGCGCAUCGUCGCCGGCAUUCUUGGUUGCAUCGUCACGGUCGGCUUCGCAGUGCAGGGCCUUGGCAACCUGUGGUACUACCGGCAGAUCUGGCAGCACAACAAAGAGCAGGGUCACACGUUCGCCCAGGCCAAGUCCGAGUUCGCAGCGCACGGCGCCAAGGCGUACUUCACGCGUGGCUCCCAGGUCUAAGCGCAGCGUCGAUGGGCCCAGCGCCAGGUCUACUGCCUGGCUGGCUCAUUUACAGCUCUCAUCUGG